CGGUAGAGGUUAUAUCUACUGCACAGGUAGUUUUGUAUUGACCGUUUUCUUUUGUUUACAUGAAUGUCUCAUAGUGAUUCAGAUUCAGUCAACGAAGGUACCUGUUUGAUGGAUACUCUAGUCAAUGAAGCAAGUUAUUCUAGAAGAACUGAUUAUACUGGAAAUGCUCAGGAACAGAGAGAUAAACGCAGGCCGGAAAGGCCUGGAGAAGAUGGGGAUACUUCAAGAAGUAGUAGAAGAAGAGAACCUAACCCACGUAGUCAAGAACCAGAUGAAGAGGAAGAGCUAAAGUAUGGUGCUGCUCAUGUCAUUAAAUUGUUUGUGCCAGUUUCAUUGUGUUUAUUAGUUGUAGUAUCUACUAUGAACACAGUUGAAUUCUACAAAAAGAAAGACCUUUAUUUAGUCUACACGCCUUUUCAUGAAAAUUCACAUGACCCAGGAGUUAAAAUAUGGAAUGCCUUGGCAAAUGCAGCUAUUUUGAUGGGUGUCAUAGUUCUUAUGACUGUAAUUUUGAUUCUACUUUACAAGUAUAGAUUUUACAAAACGAUCCAUGGAUGGCUCAUACUUUCAUCUUUGAUUCUUCUUUCCAUAUUUUCAUAUAUUUACCUCCUUGAAGUAUUAAGAGCUUAUAAUAUCCCAUUUGAUUAUAUUACGUUGGGUAUAGUGAUGUGGAAUUUUGGGACUAUGGGUUUAAUUGUGAUUCACUGGAAAGGUCCUUUACAUUUGCAACAAGCCUAUUUGAUAUUCAUUGCUGCACUAAUGGCCCUAAUAUUCAUCAAAUACCUCCCUGAAUGGACCACCUGGGUAGUUUUAGGUGUUAUUUCAAUUUGGGAUACAUUUGCAGUACUGACACCUAAAGGUCCUUUGAGAAUUCUGGUAGAGACUGCUCAAGAAAGAAAUGAACAGAUUUUUCCAGCAUUAAUUUAUUCUUCAACAGUGAUAUACAGCCUCAUGGCUACCCCCACUGCUGGUGAAGAAGAUAGAGGAGACAAUCAAGGUACUGUUGAACCAGCUUCUCCAGGUACUCAAGCGGGCUUUACAUCAGAAUGGUCCGAAGGGAUCGAUUCCAGAGUGGAAUCUCGUCGAAGGAUGAUACAAGCACAUUCUGAGAACAGGUCUGCACCUUCUGUUAGCACUGAACCACCUCAUGUACGAAUUGAAGAUGAUGAAGAGAGAGGUGUUAAACUUGGUCUUGGAGAUUUUAUAUUUUACAGUGUUCUCGUAGGUAAGGCAUCAUCCUAUGGUGAUUGGAAUACAACAAUAGCAUGCUUUGUUGCCAUACUUAUUGGUCUUUCUUUAACGUUGCUGUUGUUGGCCAUAUUCAAGAAAGCAUUACCAGCUCUACCGAUAUCUAUUACAUUUGGAUUGAUAUUUUAUUUUUGUACUCGAGAAAUUGUGCAACCUUUUUCUGACAUGUUAAACACUUCUCAAAUAUUUAUUUAAUAUUCAUCUUAUGAAUACUCCCUCCUCCUUACUAAAGAGAGUAAUAACUUAAUAAGUCUUUCAUGUUACAUUCUAUAUUAGAUUAAGACAUUUAGUAUUUAUUAAUUCAAUUAUUUUUUACCAAAACAUAAACUUUGUUUUAAGACAAUUAUUUUUUGUAUUUUUAUUUUGAUAUUUUGUAAGCUAAUAAACCAUAAUGAAGCAAGUAUAUUUGAUUAAAUUU